AUGAGCCUAAUCGACCUGUCUACUGCUAUUGGAAUUUUGCAGGAGAAGGUUGAGUCAGCACCGAAAAAUGACUCUGCCAUGGCAGAAAGUCUCUAUCGCCUCGGAGAGCUUCACUAUGCCAAGUAUACCCAGACGGAAGAAAUAUCUGAUCUGAAUAUGGCCAUUGAAUCAUUAAAAGAAUCAAUCAAUCUUACACCCGACAGCCAUACUGAUCUAUCUGAUCGGUAUCGAAAGCUUGGGUGGGCGUAUUCCGACAAGUAUCGCAAAACGAGAGUUCUUGAAGAUCUCAAAGCGGCAGAUCAACAAUUUAAAAAAGCUCAUGAUUGUUUUCCAGGCAUUUCGGUUCGCAAUCAUCUCCGAUUUGCAGAUCCUAACCACAAAACCCAUACGGCUUCGGCGCCUCCAGUCACUGAUUCGGAAAAUGAACCUGGACAACUCCCUAAAACUCUCGAAUUGAUAGCAACUCAUCAACCUGACCAAGUAGAGAAACUAUAUUCGCUUGGACUAGACCACCUUGAGCGUUAUUCAGCUACACAGUCAGUCGAGGAUUUGGAGACCGGUACCCAAUAUCUUCAAUCCGCGAUUGAUCGAACGCCAGAUGGCGAUCCCAGCCGCGGCGAGCGACUUUACCAGCUUGGCGAGGGCCUCCACGCAAAGUAUGCGAUAACACAAUGCGUGGAAGAUCUAGAGACGGCUAUCCAGAGGUUUAAACAAUCACUUGACUUGGCCAUUCCAAAUGACCCUAGUCUCUCGGAUAGACAUGAUAGCCUCGGCUCAGCAUACUAUCACAGGUACCAAGCCUUGGAAUCAAGACCAGACCUAGGGUAUGCCAUUCAGCAAUUUGAAAAAGCUCUAGACUUAACUCCAAAGAAUCACCCUGACCAAGGAAAUCGACUUAUUUCUCUUGGAACAGUAUAUUAUGCUCAGUUUUCAAACACGGAAAAUAUGGCGGAUUUGGAUUUAUCUAUUCAUCACUUCCAAAAGGCUACCGACUAUGCAUUGGAAGACGAAAUGAAACGAGCCGAGCUUGCUUCGAAUUUCGGGCUUGCUUCGAAUUUCGGGCUUGCUUCGAAUUUCGGGUUUGCUUAUCUUGCCAAGUUCUCCCAUACAAAGAGCAAUGCUCAUCUGGAACGAGUAAUUCAAUUAUUUGAAGAGGCCCUCGACCUGGAGCUUGAUCUUGAUAUCGUAUUUAAUCUUGGGUCAGCGUAUCGAGAGAAGUAUAUGAGAACAGGAGAUAAGAAUCAUCUUUACUCUGCGAUCGAAUACUACGAGGAAGCCGUUGACUCCAUGUCAGAGGAUCAUCCUGACCGGGCUGAACGACUUGGUAAUCUUGGAUAUGGAUAUCUCUAUCGAUAUUAUAUCACAGGGGCAAUGGAAGAUUUCGAAGCAUGCUUUGAGAAGUACCAAGAAGCUCUCAGGGCAGCACCAGGGGAAGAGUCUACUCAGGCAACCGAGCUUUUUCAAGUUGGACUUGCUCAUUCUGCCAAAUUCCAAAGACUAGGAGGCAAUACUGAUUUGGAGCUUGCAAUAGAGUACUGUCAAAAGUCUGUUGAUUUUACACCGGAAGAUCAUCCUGAGAUGUUGAACCGCCUUCAUAAUCUUGGCUUAAAUCACCUCUUCAAAUACAAGUCUACACGGCUUGUGGACGACUGGGACUCAGCUAUCACACAAAUCCAGAAAGCAAUAAACUUAGUUACAGAUAAUAGUUAUGACCCUGGCGAUCCAUUCAACAGUCUCGGAUUAGCAUACGAUUAUCGAUACUUGGAAUCAAAUAAUAUAGAGCAUUUAGAGAGCUCCAUUCAAUAUUUCGAGGAGGCGGUCAAUCGCACAGCAGAGACUCACCCGAGUCGCGGACAGCGACUCUUCACAGAGUCAGAAGAGAGUCUAAACGCUUCAGUGAACAUAUUUGAAGAAAUUCUGGGCCAAUCUCAGUCCGCUCCCGAGGAUCGGGCAUUUGCUGGCCAGAAACUGUACCCGUUGUAUGCGUGUGAUGAAGAUUGGCUAGCGGCGUACAAGGCUGUGUCCGCGGCCGUGUCAGCCAUACCGUUACUAUCACCUCACUCUCUCCAGAAUAUAGACAAGCAGGACGUGUCCAGUGGGUUCAUAGGUCUGGCCUCAGAUGCAGCAUCCAUCUGCUUGCAUGCUGAGCAAUCGCCCUACAAUGCAAUUCGCCUCCUUGAGCUAGGCCGCGGGGUUAUCGCGGGCUCUUCCAACGAGUUGCGUGCAGAUAUAUCUAAUCUUCGACGUAAGCAUCCUGUUCUGGCAGAGGAGUAUCUUCAGCUCCGAGAACAACUUGACACGCCAGAAGGGUUUCAGCGGCUUAACCAUCGCCAUAAAAUAGCAGAACUCCUGCAAGAUUUCACGGAAACAAUUCGAGAAGCGCCUGGUUUCAAUAGAUUUCUCUUGGAACCAUCUGAAGAUGAACUCAAAGACGCCGCAGCCCGAGGCCCGAUUAUCAUAGUGAACGUCAGUGACUAUGGAUGUGACGCUUUGAUCAUUGAAUGUACUCAAAUCAAAGCGUUGCGACUUCCGCUUCUUAAGAUUGAAGAGGUUCGUAGUCGGGAAGCCACUCUUGCGAGCAGAGGGUCGGUCAAUUCCGAAAUGCUUGAAUGGAUGUGGGAAGCUGUGGCAGGACCAGUAUUAAAUGCAAUUGGGCUUACAGAGGCCCGAAGCGCCGAUUGGCCUCACGUCUAUUGGAUCCCUACUGGACCUCUUACCAAGUUCCCAAUCCAUGCGGCUGGAAUCUAUUAUGAUGAUUCUCAAGACACGGUCUUAGACCGAGUUGUCUCAUCCUACAAUUUCUCCAUAAAGAUGCUGCUCUUUAACCGUCAACACUUUGCCGAGCAACAACCAUCUCUGGCAUCUGGAGAAAUAUUGUUAGUGGGAAUGGACAAGACCCCUGGUCACAGUAGUCUCCUCUUUGCGUCACAAGAAAUCCGAGAGUUAUCACAACUCUGUGGCUCUUCAAACUUACAGGUGUGCAAGCCUAAACGCUGCCGUGAAGAUGUCCUCUCCUCCCUCGCAAACUGCAAAAUCUUUCAUUUUGCCGGCCAUGGGCAAUCUGACUCUAAGGACCCAUGGAACAGCUCAUUGCUUCUCGACGACGGCCCCCUUACGGUAGCCAAUCUCGCUGAAAUGAACUUGCACAAAAACAAUCCCUUUCUAGCCUAUUUAUCAGCUUGUGGAACGGGCCAAGUCAAACACGGCGAGCUAAUUGAUGAAGGACUUCACCUAAUCAACGCAUGCCAACUUGCCGGAUUCCGACAUGUCAUUGGAACUCUCUGGGAAGUCAACGACGAAUCCUGCGUAGAUGCAGCCAUUUUUAUGUAUCAGUGGAUGCUGGGUCAUGGUGUAAGCGAUGAAUCUGUGAGUGAAGGACUUCAUAACUCAAGCAAGAAGCUCCGAAGCAAAUGGAUCUCUGAUAAUAGUAUGAGAUCGGCUAAGCGUAGGAAACGACUUAGCAUUGAAGGAACGGCAAUGGAACAACAGCCUGACCGAUCGGACUGCAUGAGGGUUCCAAGAGAUAUGGAAGGAUGUGAUGAAAAGCCCCUUUAUUGGGUUCCUUAUGUGCAUUUCGGUAUCUAG